GGAUGGGACAAUGCGGUGUUGGUGUCUGCAGUAUUCCGACUCCUGUACACUGGUAGCUGCAAGCGGCGAUUUUGGCGUCCUCUCAUUUCCUAUCCUUAUCUCCGCCCGCUGCUGCCUUGGCCAGCCCGCUUUUGAUUCUGUAUCUGGCCAUUGAUCAAUAAAACGAACCUAAGGAAAUAUAGGACACGAUUACCUCACUGCCAGCUCUGGCCCAGGGCUUCUGCAGAGCUACAGGGAGCUCAGGGUUUCUGCACAGUGGGCUGCAGAAACUUAAGUCAUAGCACCCUCAGUCCCUGAGGUCUGAAGCUCGCUGCACAUUCUCAUCCCUGGGAGCGUGACCCCAGCACCCAACGCCAAGAUGCCGGCCCACAUACUGCAAGAGAUCUCUGGCUCUUGCUCAACCACCACCACCACAAUCACAGCGCCUCCCUCUGGGGAACAGCAGAAUGGAGGAGAGAAGUUAGAAAAGAAUCCUCACCACUGGGGAGCAGACGUUCGCCCUGAAAUAAAAGAUGACUUAUACGACCCCAGCUACCAGGAUGAGGAGGGGCCCCCGCCCAAGCUGGAGUAUGUCUGGAGAAACAUCAUCCUCAUGGCCCUGCUGCACUUGGGGGCCCUGUAUGGGAUCACACUGGUUCCGUCCUGCAGGGUCUACACCUGGAUCUUCGCAUAUUUGUACUACGUCAUCAGUGCCUUGGGCAUCACGGCCGGGGCUCAUCGCCUGUGGAGUCACCGAACUUACAAGGCUCGGCUGCCGCUGCGGCUCUUUCUCAUCUUGGCCAACACCAUGGCUUUCCAGAAUGACGUGUAUGAAUGGGCCCGAGACCACCGCGCCCACCACAAGUUCUCAGAAACACACGCUGACCCUCACAAUUCUCGGCGUGGCUUUUUCUUCUCUCACGUGGGCUGGCUGCUUGUGCGCAAACACCCGGCUGUCAAAGAGAAGGGCGGAAAACUGGACAUGUCUGACCUAAAAGCCGAGAAACUGGUCAUGUUCCAGAGGAGAUACUACAAGCCCGGCCUUCUGUUGAUGUGUUUCAUCCUGCCCACGCUGGUGCCCUGGUAUUGCUGGGGUGAAACUUUCCUGCACAGCUUGUGCGUUAGCACCUUCUUGCGAUAUGCCGUAGUGCUCAAUGCCACCUGGCUGGUGAACAGCGCUGCCCACCUCUAUGGAUAUCGCCCCUACGACAAGAACAUUAGCUCUCGGGAGAAUAUCCUGGUUUCAAUGGGAGCUGUAGGCGAGGGCUUCCACAACUACCACCACGCCUUCCCCUAUGACUACUCCGCCAGUGAGUACCGCUGGCACAUCAACUUCACCACGUUCUUCAUCGACUGCAUGGCUGCCCUGGGCCUGGCUUACGACCGGAAGAGAGUAUCUAAGGCUGCUGUCAUGGCCAGGAUUAAAAGGACUGGAGAUGGGAGCUGCAAGAGUGGCUGAGUCUGGGGUCUUCCAGUUUCUGCUUUAAUAGCCAGCUUGGCAGAGGCUUAAUGUUCUGUUAAUUAACUACUGAGUAUUGCUUCCCAGAUGCUAAAAUGAUGACGUUAACCCAUUCUGGUACAGUAUUGUUAAAUGGACAUGUAUUGGAAGUCAACAGCUCUUCCCUUUUGAUGCUAAGCUGAUCUUACCUGCUCUUUCCUUUCCCCAGCGUCUUUUUCUUUGCUUUGUCCCUCUUGAUCUCAUUUCUCGUUGCCUCCCAAGCCCGGCAGCUUCCCUGCCACAGUCAGUGUUUCCCUUCCAAAGCAUACCAACCUUCCAAGGGUCUAAAAGUAAAAGGUUUGUGCCCUGCCCCCAACUCUUAGCUGUUCUGAGUUAGAGAUGCAAGAAAAUCUUCAGAGAUUUCUCCUGUUAUUUUUAGCCCAGGUUUUGCCAGAUGGAAUGGAAAGUAAAUCUUACGGGGCCAAAUCCAACAUGCAGGCUGUGAUUCAUCAAAGAUGUGGGAGACGAGGAUCUUUUGUGCUCAGGCUCAGCUCUUGUCUCCCAGAGGCAAUGGAGCCCUUUCCACACAGCAUGCCUCCUCUCCUAAUUCUGAGUAGGUGACAGCCACAGAACUUUGUGGCACUAGAGUACAAAAACACAUAUCAGCAUCUCAGUGUAGUUUAGGCUGAAGAUUUUUUUAAAAGUUAAAAAAAAAAAAAAAAAAAAACCAGAAAGACAAAACGCUGUAGGGAAAGUGGUCUCUACUGAAAAGGGUUUUCUUUUCCUGUAAUAAGGAGGACAGAGGGUCAGGUGUGGUGGGUGGCACACGACUUAAAUCACAGCAGAUCUCUGUGUUCCAGGUCAGCCAGGGCCAGACAGUGAGGCUUGGUCUCAAGUAAAUAGAUUACAAGGAUAUGCAGAGCAAGACAUCUUCAGGUGAGGCAUGUUGGGAAUGGACGAGGAUAGUCACUCAUACUUUUUGAUCAUUCUGUGGGUUACACACCCAAAUCUUAAUUCCCGCUCUUCCCUCUGGUUGCCCCCAUAAAUUGAGGGUGGCUGUGGUGCGUUCAUGCAUCAGGCAAUGGAAGCAUUUGAAGAAUUGAACUUAAGCCCCAGUUAAGACCGAAGAGACAUUAAGUGUGUCCUGAAACCUACAAAUACUAAUUAGAGUGCGUCCCUCAGAAAAGAGACACUAAACACGUUGUCUGUUCCUCCCACUGUUGGGCAGCAGGAGGAAAAAGUUGGAAGACACUGCAGGCAGCUCUUAAUAACUUUUCAAAGGAGAAACUGCGAGGAAGGAACACACUGCCAGGGGCUUUCAGAGUUUCAGGAUGCUCUAGUGAGACAGGUUAGAUAUUAGCUCUUCAUUCUUUAGCACAAGGCUUUCCCUACAGAACUGACUCAUGCCUCACUGGCUCUUUGACCGUCCAGCCUACAUGGAGGACUCUGCCUGGGACACAUGGCCUAAAAAUCUCUUAACUCUACCACGUCUGCUUCUUUUUCCUACCCAAUUUUGUGGUUUUGUUUUCUGACAUUUUGUUUUGCUCUAAGCAGAAAUGUCCUGUGUUUACAGGCACUAAAUUUGUAGCCCCAGCAGCUUCCUGGGCAGAGAUACAGUGCUUUAUCAGUAGUAAGUAGAGCUGGCUGUCCAUUUCCAGUGGAUUUCAGAUCCUCCACCUCUGCCCCUCAGGCUUCUGAUAUUCUGGAAACUGUAAAGAAAAAGUUUGGCAAGCUUUCUAGAAAUAUCCCUGACUCAGAGAGGCUCUUUGUCUCGUGAGUCGUUCCAAAACAAAUGUUCCUGUUGUGCCAGUGUGCCCGGGGACAGGACAAGAAAGACACGGUUCCUAUUUUUCAGCCUCAACAUGCUCAUUACUCCCGAAUGUUCAGCAAAGCUCUAGGCUCAUCAGUCCUCCUGGGUGAGGCUGUGGUGCUUGUAGAAGGAGGAGGACGUGUUAGCUAAAUGGGAAACACAAGAACCAAGGUCUUAAGUGGCUCAGUUGGGAUCCCAUAGACUGCAGCCACAGUCUGUUGCCAAGCUUUGGCUAAGACAGGAGAUCUGAGAUGCCAUGGGCUUUGCAUAAGAGAUUUUAUUCAGCAAACUAAUUGGCCUAUCUAGCCCUGCUGUUGUAAGUUUGGCUGUACCAAAUGCUAUAUAUACCCUGAGCCCCAGUGGUUGGAUGGAACAGUCUUCCUGUGUUAGUUGAAUAGAGGCUUCAGAAGCUCUAUGUGCCCACAUAAUAGCAGCCUUAUCCUUUAGCUGUUCAUUAAAAUAUGUGACCCUAUUCCUUGGAAAUGCCUUUUGGGUCAUUUUAGUUCCACUGGUUAUCAGGUGCCCACUUACUAUGUGAAAAACAAAGCAACUUUCUCUUCUAAGCCUGCCCCGUGGAUCUGAACCAUGCUGUGGCUGAGGACCCAUCAUAUAUGUAUCUGAUAAUAAGGGUGGUGUACCAGCUCACUAAGGAAUACAAUACUUCUUUCAAGAUUUUAAAGCUCAAAUCAUGUGAUACAUUAAUAAGAAACUAAGAUCUGGCUGAGUGACUUUCUAACAGUCCUUGCCUUGUGGACACGCUCAAAUCUGACUUGGGUGCCUUACCUCUUCUCUAAUCCGUUGCUUGUGAGCCUGCACUCGCUUCCUCUGUGGGGUCCCUUAAAACCAGAGAGGCCUAUAAAUGUGGCGGGUGUUAGCUGACCUGGCUGGAGGAUUCGCUGUACAUCAAUUUGCAGUAUUCCCAAUGGGGGCUUCAUUUUGGGGACUUUCCUUAGGGCUGUCUUGAUGAGUGCCCAUAGCUGAUGGAUGGUGGAAGUAAUUUGAACGUGUGCGGUUCGUAGGUUUUGCUCUUUGUUUUAAGAUUAAACGCUGGUUGUAGCAUUUAAAGAGAAAGCUUUUCUUCAUGGUUUGCUAGUAUCCUGAGCGUCUUCUUUAGUUGAAAUAGGUUAAUAGAAAGUUAAGAAAGCAGUGGCCAUGUUAUGCUGGUGGUGCAGGCCAUGGCCUCCUGCCACUCAGUGUUCUGUAAUGGUCCCACUCUUGACAAUAAUGAAUUCACUCCUUGGAUAAGGAUGUUAACGAGGGAAGCGCCCUCCUGACCUAAUCAGCUCUUAAUGGUCCCAGCUGUCAACACUGUUGCAUUGGGGAUUAAGUUUCCAACCCAUGAACCGUGGGACAAACUCAAACCAUAGCACUGGACAUGUCACUUACCAGUAAUGUGACUCGGUAUUACUUCUGUGAAACUGGGAUAAUAAUCCUGGCCUACCUCAGUGGGUAGGUUUGAGCAUGACCAAAUGCUCUUUAUAAAACAUUUGGGGACCCUCUGCAGAGGAAUAUUUAAGUCCUGCACAUUUUUAUAGUAAAUGUCCACCAUGGACUUGACACGUGCCUAUGUCCCAGAUGACAUUGUUAAUCUACGUCACACUUUUCAGAGACUGAACAGAUGCGUUAGAUAAUGUAUACUCAUUGCUAUGAAAACAUGCAGGACUCCAUUUCCUUCCUUGGGUGGGAUUUUUCCUUUAUUAUGUGCAACAGUAGUUAUUUGUAAUCUAAUAAUUUUCAUUAAUACCAACUCUGAAAGUAUUUCUACUCAUCUGAGGUUGUGUUUAUUCAUAAUAAAAUGAAAUGGAUCUGACUGCAA